AUCUUCAACGAAUCUGAUUAUCUUUGCCUGUUUACUGUAGCACGCAUUCUGCGAGGCGCGAAUUUAAAUUAUUGCAAAAAAUUGCCGGAAGUAAUAUUUGAUGCACCGGAAAUUAAAUUAGAUGCGGUAUAUCUGCGAAGAAACCAUCAAAAUUGGAAGAACAUCCAAGGAGGAGUUCGUGGGAAAAGUGAGUAAGAUGGACAUCCUUUACCUGUACAAGAAGCCGGGCCUGAGUGUGUCGUCAGAAUGCGAGAAAUUAAAGCAGCUUCGAGCAGAGGCAAAAAUAGAAGCUCUACAUACAGAAAUAUGCUUUUAUGUCGAGAUAAGCAAACCUCUGUCAACUGGAGAACUGGAGAAAUUGAAAUGGAUUUUGGGAUCACCCUUCAAACCUGAUGACGUUCAGCACAAGCCUUACCUACAAGCAAAAGGGAAGGAGAACAUGAUUAUUGAGAUAGGUCCAAGGUUAAACUUUUCUACAGCAUUUUCAAGUAAUGCAGUCUCAAUGUGUAAAUCUGUGGGUCUCCAACAAAUAACAAGGCUUGAAGCCUCUACGAGGUAUCUGCUGUCUUGGAGACACGAAGAUGUUGUGAUGACUGAUGAUCUUGAAAAUAAGUUGGUUGCUGUACUACAUGACCGAAUGACUCAAUGUCGUUAUGUGAAACCAAUCAAGAGUUUUGACUUGGGCAUUAGACCUGAACCGUGGUUUGAAGUGGACGUCAUGACUAAGGGGCGGAAGGCACUCGAAGAUGUUAAUACGAGCUUGGGUUUAGCCUUUGAUAACUGGGACCUGGACUUUUAUACAGAUCUAUUUAAAAAUAAGUUGAAGAGGAAUCCCUCAACUGUGGAGUGCUUUGAUUUGGCUCAGUCAAAUAGUGAACACAGCAGGCAUUGGUUUUUCAAGGGCCGCAUGAUUAUUGAUGGAGAGGAGCAGAAGGAAUCCCUAAUUGACAUGAUUAUUGACACGCAGAAUUCAUCGAACCAAAACAAUGUGAUAAAAUUCAAUGAUAACAGCAGUGCAAUUGAAGGCUUUCAAGUCAAAAAAUUCCAUCCAAAAGUGGCAAAGGAAGCAAGUAACUUCGAAAUAGAAGAAGGAAUGUUGCACAUCGUCUUCACGGCAGAGACACACAAUUUCCCUACAGGUGUCGCACCAUUCAGUGGGGCAACAACAGGCACCGGGGGCAGGAUAAGAGACGUCCACGCUGUCGGAAGAGGCGGCCAUUAUAUUGCGGGAACUGCCGGCUACUCUGUUGGAAAUCUGUUGAUUCCUGACUAUAAUCUUCCUUGGGAAGAAAAAUCGUAUUCAUACCCAGAUAACUUUGCAAGACCUUUGGAAAUAUUAGUUGAAGCGAGCAAUGGUGCCUCAGAUUAUGGAAAUAAGUUUGGCGAGCCUGUAAUAUGUGGGUUUGCUCGCACCUUUGGUAUGGAGGAUUUGCACAAUGAAAGAAGAGAAUGGAUCAAACCCAUUAUGUUCAGUGGAGGUGUGGGUGCCCUUGAUGCUGAUAUGAUUGAGAAGAUGAAGCCUGAGAAAGGAAUGAAAGUUGUGAAGAUUGGAGGACCCGUUUACAGAAUUGGUGUCGGAGGAGGAGCAGCCAGUUCAGUGGAGGUACAAGGAGACAACAAAUCGGAGCUGGACUUUGGUGCAGUUCAGAGAGGAGAUGCUGAAAUGGAGCAGAAGCUGCACAGGUUCAUACGAGCGUGUCUUGAGAUGGGCAGUAAGAAUCCCAUCUGCAGCAUACACGACCAGGGUGCUGGAGGAAAUGGCAACGUGUUGAAGGAACUUGUUGAACCUAACGGCGCUGUGAUUUUCACUCGCUGCUUCCAGCUUGGUGAUCCUACUAUUAGUACACUGGAGUUGUGGGGUGCUGAAUACCAGGAGAAUGAUGCAUUUUUAUGUCGUCCAGAAGAUGUGCCGUUAGCGCAGCAGAUAGCUAACCGAGAGAGGUGUCCCAUCAACUUUGUUGGUACUGUUCUUGACAAUGGAAAGGUUAUUCUCUCAGAGGAAGAGGAUCCUGCGGACACAAAAUACUUGGAUGGUACAUACACAUCAUCAGAUGUUCGACACCCCGUUGACCUGGAACUGGAGUUGGUGCUAGGAAAGAUGCCAAGAAAAGUGUUCCACCUACAGCGGCAGCCAGGCAUCCCAAAGAGUCUGUCGCUGCCUGCCAGCCUGUCGGUGCUGAUGGCACUCGAGCGUGUGCUGAGGCUGCCUGCAGUGGCCAGCAAGCGUUACCUCACCAACAAGGUGGACCGUUGCGUCACAGGGCUGAUCGCACGCCAGCAGUGCGUCGGCCCGCUGCACACGCCAGCCGCUGAUGUUGCUGUCACCGCCCUUUCUAUCUUCGGUGUGGAAGGUGUGGCUACAGCAAUCGGUGAACAACCGAUUAAAGGACUUGUCAAUGCAGCAGCUGGAGCAAGGAUGACAGUUGCAGAAUGUUUAACAAAUCUUGUUUUUGCAAGAAUAUCUGACAUACAGGACGUGAAGUGCAGUGGGAACUGGAUGUGGGCCGCGAAGCUGCCCGGAGAGGGUGCAGCACUGCACGAUGCGUGUGUUGCCAUGUGCCGUGUGAUGGCGGAGCUCGGCGUUGCCGUCGAUGGCGGCAAAGACUCCCUUAGCAUGGCCGCCAGGGUCUCCGGCUCCACUGUCAAAGCGCCAGGCACUCUGGUAGUCUCGGCAUAUGCGCCGUGUCCGGACGUGAGGCAAGUUGUGACCCCCGACCUGAAGAGCCCAUCUGUGGGUCGUUCGGGACUGCUGUUCCACGUCGAUCUGUCGGGGGGAUGCAAUCGCCUAGGAGGUUCAGCACUCGCACAGUGCUUCAGGCAGCUGGGCGACAGCUGCCCUGACCUUGAACAACCUUCUCUGUUGAAAAAAGCUUUUGGAGUCACACAGAAGCUCAUAAAAGAGGGCAGAGUCCUGUCUGGUCAUGACAUAAGCGAUGGUGGUCUGAUUACGUGUCUUCUGGAGAUGGCAUUCUGUGGCAUCAGUGGACUGAAUUUGGACAUAACUCACAAGAAAGGAGACCCUGUCGAGAUUUUGUUUGCUGAGGAAGUCGGUUGGGUGCUCGAAGUAGAUCUAAAAUUCCGAGAUUAUGUUGCCACAUCAUUCAAGAACUGCGGUGUCCCGUGCCACUACAUCGGAGAUUCUGUUGGCUACGGAAUCGAGUCACCGGUGAAGAUACUUGUAAAUGGAAACCUCGCUCUGAAGAGUGACGUGUACUCACUGUUCAGAGUGUGGGAGGAGACAAGCUACCAGCUGGAGAGGCGGCAGGCGAACCCGGACUGCGUCCGGCAGGAGUUUGAGAAUCUGGCAAGGAGGAGGGCACCCAAGUACCGGCUCACGUUCGACCCCAAUAGGAACCCUGACGUGGCAGUCAGCUUGUCAUCAGUUCAGCGUGUUGCCGUAAUUCGUGAAGAAGGAAUUAAUGGUGAUCGUGAGAUGGCAGCAUCACUUCAUAUGGCUGGCUUUGAAGUUUGGGAUGUGACUAUGCAAGACUUACUUGAUAAGAAAGUGACUGUUGAUAUUUUCAGAGGAGUAAUAUUUCCUGGUGGUUUUAGCUAUGCAGAUGUUCUUGGCUCAGCAAAAGGUUGGGCUGCAAGUCUGCUCUUUCAUCCUUCACUCAGAGCUCAGUUCCAGGCAUUUGCUGCCAGAGAAGACACUUUUAGCCUGGGAGUUUGUAAUGGGUGCCAACUAAUGAGCUUACUCGGCUGGAUCGGAACACUUCCUGCAGGUUCUUCCUCAGGCGACAGUUUAUCAACACCGGAGAUUGUAUUGGAUCACAACUUGUCCGGAAGGUUCGAGUGUCGUUUCAGCACUGUCAAGAUCGAGAGAUCUCCCUCUAUUAUGUUGCAUGGUAUGGAGGGGUGUCUCCUUGGAGUUUGGAUUGCUCACGGAGAAGGUCGUUUCACUUUCCGAGAUGAAAAUGUGUACACAGAAUUAGAAAAAAACAAAUGUUUAGCCAUAAAAUACGUUGACGAUGAUGGCAAACCAACACUGGAAUACCCACUGAAUCCAAAUGGAAGUAUUGGUGGUGUGGCGGGGAUAUGCUCGGACGACGGGCGGCACCUGGCAAUGAUGCCACACCCGGAGCGCUGCACGCAGCUGUGGCAGUGGCCGUGGCUGCCACAAGAGUGGAAGGGUGAGCACACGGUCUCCCCAUGGCUGCGCAUGUUCCAGAACGCAUACUGGUGGUGUGUCACCGACUCAUAGGCCAACCGAGCUCUCCUCUCUGGAUUUACGCUCAAGAGUAAAUUACUGCUUACUCGGAGUAUUACUUAUAUCUGAGAAAUAAAGGGAAUAUGUCAGUUGUACACAUCUACAGCAAUUGAUAACAAAAAUUAUUGUCAGACUGGUAAUAUAGAGAAGGGACCACUGAGGGUAUACAUGUCACGUGCUCUCCUGUCAGUGCUUUGUCAGUGAAUCUACUGUUCUCUUUUUAAACAUUUGUCAUUCUCGUGUCAUUGCUUGAUUCUUCCUGUAUGUUGUAAAUUGCAGAGAAUUAAAAGUUUACUUCUGGAAGUUAGGUAUCUCUGUAUUCAUCCUCUGUCACCUUACAAACCCAUCAGUGAGAUUACUUCAUUGUUAAUCAACACAAUUCACUGACACCUUAAUUUCUUUUUCUUGUUUUAUAUUAAUAAGAUGUUCACAGUCUGAAUAAAUAUACCAAAACACAUUUUAUUCUUGUAUGCAAGUAGGAACAUAAGUAGAAAUUACUCUUCAGUGCUAUAGCUAGAGAAAAUUAAAAUACCAGGACAGGUAAAAAAAGAAUGGAAAAGUUAAAUAUAUUCUGAAGUAUACAAAAGAGAAGAUAAAAUAAUAUUUAGAAGAAAAUGUUCCUCUGAAAUAGAUAGAUGAAAACAAUUGAUCCAAAUGGAAAAUUAUGAAGUUAUAAUAUAAUCCUAUUAAAUGUUGGAACUACAUUAGUAAUACGUGUUUUACAAUCUCAUUAUUUUAUCAUUUUUAAGGCCUGUUUUGAAUCUCAUUUCUUAUAUGCCUUACUUUCUUUCUUCAGAAAUAAUGCACAAAUCAAUUUUUUAUGUUGUUAACUUAUAAAUGCAAAUGAUAAAAUAUUACUGUUUUUUAAUUUCAACCUAAGUUAUUGUUGUCUGUCAAAAUAUACAUUGUGUGUAUAUUUCAAUACUGUUAUGUUGUUUCCUGUUAGUAGAAUUUAUAACUUGCACUGUUAAAAUGCUCCACAUGACAUUAUUGUUUAAAUACUGAAAUAACAAAAAUAUAUAUUUGGGACUUGUUUCAGAUUACCUCUUGGUUCAAGUAUGUAGCAGACUUUUUGUAUGAUUUUAUUUUCACAAUAUUUGAUGUACAAAAAGUGAUCCAUGUGCCAUAUUAAUGAUUGUUACUGUAAUUUUAUGUGAAGUAUUCUAGUUUAUAAGGGAAAGCUUUAAUGAAGAGUUUUGAUACAAAAAAGACCAAGUAUGGUUCAAUAAAAAGAAAGAGGGAGAGAAA